GAUCACCCUCUCUCAAGAAUACAAAAGAAUGAGUGAAACAGAAGACCCGAGGCCCUUGUGGUCAGACGAAGAACUUAAGUCAAAAGUUGGACAGGUACGCUCACGUCUUUUUUCUGCUGCGCCUAUUCAUCCCGGGGCUUGGAAGAAUUUGUCUCGAAGGAACUUGAAUGGUGCUUUUCUGCCCUUUUCGUGUUUCAAAGAUAUCGGCAAUGAAUUUUCCUUAGGACUGUAACACUAAUGUCCAAGUGCGUUAGCUAUUUAUUGUUGGAUUCAAGGGUCAUGUCCCAAGCGAGGAUAUCAAAACCCUCAUUACCACACACAAAGUAGGAGCAGUAAUCUUGUUUUCCAGAAAUAUCGAAAAUGCUACACAACUUGUCGAACUCACCAAUUCUCUUCAUGAGAUCUCACGUUCUGCUGGUCAAACCCAAGGUCUUUUCAUUUCAAUCGAUCAGGAGAACGGCAUUAUAACCCGCAUCAAGCCACCAGUGGCUACUCAACUUCCCGGGGCAAUGGCUCUUGGAGCAACUAAAGACCCUUCAAAUGCUUACAAGAUCGCUACCGCAACAGCAGAAACUCUAAAAGUGUUUGGAGUAAACAUGAACUAUGCGCCAAUAGCAGAUGUCAACUCGGAACCCAAAAACCCAGUCAUCGGGGUACGAUCUUUUUCAUAUGAUCCUAGUACAGUUUCCAAGUUUGUUUCUGCCCAGUUCAAAGGACUCCAGGACGGUGGGGUGGUGCCUUGUGUCAAGCACUUUCCCGGACAUGGAGAUACGGCUGUGGAUUCUCAUUUUGGGCUGCCUGUAAUCUCGAAGAGUAGAGCACAAGUGGAUGCCUGCGAGCUGAUACCCUUUCGGGAGGCCGUGGUCGAAGGUGUUGAUGCUGUGAUGACAGCACAUAUAGUAAUGUCCGGGCUUGAGAAAUCUCAAACAGACAGCGAUAAAUCAUCAAAGGGUGGUUUGCCGGCGAGCUUGAACCCAGAUAUCAUCAAUAUUUUGAGAAAGGAGAUGCAAUAUGAUGGACUAGUUGUCAGUGACUGUCUCGAAAUGGAGGGAGUGCGAGGCCCUUAUGGUACUGAGCGAGCUGCAGUCAUGGCAUUGAAGGUACGUAACCUUUUCAUUGUCACCUUAGUUUGUGACUCGUCUAAGGAGUAUUAUCUAACUGAUUUUAGGCCGGAACAGACUGUGUGAUGAUAUGCCAUACAAUCGCCUCUCAGAUUGGUGCCAUUCAACAAGUUAUCAACGCAGUCAAGUCCGGGGAGUUGUCACAAGCAGCCACCCAAAAGUCUGUAGAUAGAGUGGAGGCGCUGAAGACCAAAUAUUCGGUAUCAAACACAGCACCAAUAAACUUUACUGGUACGGAAUCACGGAACGAAAAGCAACUAGCCCUUGCAUCAGAGAUAUACUCCAAGAGCACGACAGUUGUACGAUCUGAACCAGAAGCGUUUCCGAUUCGAGCAGAUGCUGCGCGCAAGAUUGUGUUUCUCAGACCUGGAAAAGGACCCAAGCCAGGUGGAUGCGUUGAAGAAAGUGACAAGGAGAACGUACGAGAUCAAUACACCCCCGCAGCAUACAUUGAUGUCAUUCGAAGCCACGACUUGAACGCGGUGGAGAUUCAAUACCAUGAAGAAACCCCAUUCUCGGAGGAAUCUCACAAAUUGAUCGCCGAAGCAGACUAUGUCAUUCUUGCAACUAUAAAUGCAAGUUUGAGCGGGUAUCAAAAAGCCAUUGGUUUGUCACUUGGGAAGAAACUUGGAAAUAAGUUGGUCGUCAUCGCGACAAGUGACCCUUACGACUUUCUGGAAGAUACAGAAGACAUCAGAAAUUACGUUGCUAUUUAUGAAACCACAAUCGCCGCCUUCAAGUCGGCAAUGGAUGUUGUCUUUGGAAAAGUCAUUGCAACUGGUUCCCUUCCAGUUGCUAACCCUGGGGUUAAGCACCAUAUCGAAUCAUCCAAGGGGCAAUAA